UGUCAUCGUCAGCUGACUCGUUGUCGAUUCACUGUGUCCGACAAGGUUGUUAUGACACUUUUUUAAUGCAUUGUUACAUCAUAUAUUAUGUUUACGACGUCGUGAAACGAACUCGUUGAGUGGAAUAUCGUUUCAUUCGUUUUGUGUUCAAUGGGAACGUCAUUUGAACCCGUCAAUCCGUCCGCUAAGUCGAGGAACCUUAGCUAGAAGUUCCAGCGGACUGUCUAGAAAAUUAUGUGAUAUUUUCUUCACUUCCAAAUCCUUCAAAGUGAUGGCUUCUAUUUGUCGCCGAUGGAGGCUAUGGAUUUUACCAGUUUUAACGUGUCUCUAUGCGCUACUUAUUAUAAUUGUGGUGCCAAUUUUGUUGGCAAAUUCUAUUAAGAAUGGUUUCGAACAGCAGGAUCAAGGAGCACUCGUGGGUGGUGCAUUCGUGUUGCUGGCACUACCCAUUGCUUUCUAUGAAAUUGUACAACAUAUGAUAUAUUAUACACAACCUAGGCUGCAGAAAUAUAUAAUAAGGAUAUUAUGGAUGGUUCCAAUUUAUGCAGUAAAUGCUUGGCUUGGUCUGGUGUACCCUGAGGGCAGUAUAUAUGUGGAUAGUUUGAGGGAAUGUUACGAAGCAUAUGUAAUAUACAAUUUUAUGAUGUAUUUAUUGGCUUACUUGGAUGCGGAUCAUCAAUUGGAACACAGACUCGAAAUGUCUCCUCAAGUACACCACAUGUUUCCUUUGUGUUGUUUACCUGAUUGGGAGAUGGGAAAGGAAUUUGUACAUAUGUGCAAACAUGGAAUAUUGCAAUAUACUGCUGUUAGGCCUAUAUCAACUUUAAUAUCUUUUAUUUGUGAACUGAAUGGAGUAUACGAAGAAGGUCAAUUCAGAACAGACGUCGCUUUUCCAUAUAUGAUUGCUGUAAAUAAUUUAUCACAAUUCGUUGCCAUGUAUUGUCUGGUGCUUUUCUAUCGUGCCAAUGCAGAAGCUUUGAAACCUAUGAAACCAGUUGGCAAGUUCUUAUGUAUCAAAGCGGUUGUGUUCUUCUCUUUCUUUCAAGGUGUAAUUAUAGCAUUGUUGGUCUACUUUGAUGUCAUAUCAAGUAUCUUUAAUACUAGCGAUGUGGAUGAUAUUAGAAAUAUAUCAUCAAAAUUGCAGGAUUUCCUAAUUUGCAUUGAAAUGUUUUUGGCGGCUGUGGCUCAUCAUUAUAGUUUUUCUUACAAACCUUUUGUAAAUUUAGCCCAAGGACAAGCAUGGUGGGAUGCAUUCAGAGCUAUGUGGGACGUCUCAGACGUACAUAAUGAUAUUAAAGAGCAUCUUGGCGUAGUAGGAUCGUCGUUGAGUCGCAGGAUACGUGGUCGCGGUGCUUACCAACAAACCUGGGGGAGUGCAACAGAACGUACGUCCCUCCUCCCAGAGGCAACUGUGACCACUGCUAGAAGUGCGCCUGCGUGUUCCUUUUCCGGUUAUAAUACAUCGGAAACCGACGCGACGAUCGGUUCCGUUGAUCAAAUUGCAGAUGUGCAGGAUACCAGUAACGGAGUAAAAACGUAACUUAGCAAUGUUUCAGAGUGGCCGAUAAUUUCAACAUUUUUUUACUUGGUCAAUAAAAGUUUUUACGAAGAGAUUAGGGGGUAUUGCGAAUUUUGAAGCCUACGAACUUGAAAUAUUUUAUCGUAUAUCUGGACCAAAGAUAGGGUAUAUUUUAUGUCGAAGUUGGUAUUUUCAGAAUUUAUAAAUGCAUUAGAACCACUGUAGCUUUUCUGGCUGAUCCAGCGAUUUACAUGGUCAAUUAAACUUCAAAGAAAAGAACAAUAUUUUUAAUAUGUUCCUACCAUGUUGUUUGUAACUUUGUAGUAUAUUUGAACUAUCUGGAGCAGCUGGAGCUGUCUAUUAACACGUCAAGUGCUGCGCUGGUCUUUGUUCAGGUGAAGUCACUCCUUGUAGAAUUUAAAAAUGAAUGUAAUUUAUUAAAAUAAUGUAAAUAAAGGGGGAGGUUUUCUUUAUAAACAUUACAAAAUGUUCCAACGUUUUUCAUUAAAUUUUUCAUAAUUUCCCGUUCAGAUAUCCGUUUAUCACAUUUUUUACUAAUCGAUUUCGGUUAUAUCUUACUGAUAAUAUGAUGUCUGGUCAGUAUUAUGUGACAUAAACGGAAAGUAGAACAAAAUAAGCUUGGCACUUAACGUGUGAAUAUGAAUUUAUGAAUAAUAGGAAUAAAUUUCAUCAAAAUACGUUGUAAAACUUUACGUACCACGAAAAGAAAUCUUUUAGAGAUAGAUUGCGUAUUUUAAUAAUCUCUACCACUUUUGUAAAAAAGCAUAUCUCAAUUUCAUAAGAACUUGACAAGUAAUUCUGUUGAGUGUCGGUGACAAAUUUCUUGUGCGAGCAAGUAUUACACGAUGAAAGAAACUUUCAAAAUAAUGUCUAUACAGAUAGAAUUAUGUCUAUGGAGUAAUAUUUGUCAUGUUUCUUUAAUCUGUUUAUAUUCAUUUUGUUCGUUAAAAUAGAAGAAUCAAUUUUAUCUCUUAGUACAAAUAUUUUAUUCUUAUAUAACGUAUUUUAUUUUCGUUAUAUAUGCUUUAGAAAAUGUUCAGUAGAUGUUUGUUUUGCAUCUAAAAAAACGUUUAGAAAUACUCGAUA